AUGGCACCCAAACGCAAGCGCAAGGCCACGGUCAAGACCUCGCAGGCUCCCAAGGACCCUGCUGUGACCUGCUUGACAGAGAAGGGUGCCGCCAGUAACCAUCUCCAAGUAUUGCCUGGAGAGAUCCGCCUGAUGAUCUACUCUUUGGCAGUAGUACAAGACGAACCCAUUCGGCCUGUCCAAAUCGAACACAGGUCUAACAAGUUCAAGACUGCUCCACUGCUGCCGAAAUCGCGACAACAAGCAGUACGCACCUUUACCAGCUUACUUCUCAGUACUCGAUUCUUUUAUGAUGAAAUCUUGGCCCACCCGUUCUUCUACAGAGAAAACGAGUUCGCCUUUCCUUCAGUGACAUCGUUGCACAUCUUUCUUUCGGCUCUGACGCCAGCUCGUCGCUCUUCGCUAUGCCAAAUACGCCUCGGCAUCAUCUCGUGGUGGGGGGUUUGCCUGCACGGAGAAAAGACUGUGUCACUGACAGCAGACAUGCUGUCUCACUGUACCUCGCUGCGUAGUCUGAAGGUCGACAUCGGCAUUACCACCGGCAUCUUGUAUCCGACGCCAGCGACAUGGUUCGCAAACCGUCGACAAUCGGGGCCUACUUCCUGCAUGAUCAGUCCCAAUUCCAAGCCAUGGGCUGCACUACGACGCAUUAGAAACCUACGGCACUUUGAAGUGUCAUUGCGAUGCCGCUUCUGCGAAGAUUCUCUUGUUGCUGGCUUGAUAUCGGGUCCUGUUAUCUGCCAAAGCCAUCAAUUCCACAAGGACAGAAAUAAUCUGGAACAGGAGAUACAACUUCUUCAUGUCGCCUUCUUGGAGAUAGCAAAGGAUGUUUGCACAAAAAGUGCAGCGAUCCCUGUGAGCGGAAGGCGACUGACAGAGGUCCUGGCCGCUUCAAGACUCGAUUUUUACGGUGAAGAUAGGGUCCGGCAAGAUCUACAGGCCGGCAUGGUAUCCAGCAGAACUCGAGGACGGAUGAAGCGUCUGGAGACCGCAGGCUCUACUAAUGGGGUUAUACCCGGUGCCAAACUUAACCCCAAAUAUCUCGAGGUGGAUGAGUACCAGGGUGAGGAGGACCAGUAA